UCUUCCGUUGUUUAAAAAAUAUAGUUCGUUCCGCAAACUGCAGCGUAUUUUCGCAUACGUUCGACGUUUUAUACACAAUUGUCGCAUUAGGAAUCCAACUAAUCGAACAUUGAAUGACUCUCCCACCGUAGCAGAACUCAGAACGUCACUACAUAUGAUCGUAAUUAUCGUUCAACAGCAAGUAUUACUAGACGAUAUUAUUCGUGCAAAAAAAGGAGAGCCCUGCAACAAAAUCAGUAAUUUGAGCCCGUUUGUGCAGGACAAUGCACUCCGUGUUGGAGGUCGAAUUUCCAAGUCUCGUUUGCCAUUUGAAUCAAAACAUCAGUACAUCCUUCCGCAUCACCCAAUAACCGAUCUUAUAAUUCGAGCGUAUCACGAAGAAAAUUUACAUGUUGGACCAUCGGGUUUGCUAUCUGCGCUCCGUCAUCGGUUUUGGGUACUCGGUUCCAGAUCCGCUAUCAGGAAAGUUAUCCGAGGUUGUGUUCGAUGUUUCCGUGUUAGACCAAAGGGUCUUACUCAAUACAUGGGUAAUCUUCCCCAAUACAGAAUUACUCCUUCUGCUCCAUUUAAAAUUACUGGUGUGGAUUACGCCGGUCCGUUUUUGGUGAAACAAGGAACAAGAAAACCGAUAAUUAUCAAAGCCUACGUAGCUGUAUUUGUUUGCAUGGUUACUAAAUCAGUUCAUUUAGAGCUUGUAUCUGAUUUGACAACAGCAGCCUUUAUAGCCGCCCUACAGCGGUUUGUUAGUCGCCGAGGUAUUGUGCGUGAACUACAUUCUGACAAUGCCACAAAUUUCCAUGGAACUAAAAACGAACUACACGAGCUAUAUCGAUUAUUCAGAGACAAUGUAACUAUCCAUAAAAUCGAAUCAUUUUGUAACGGAAGGGAAAUAUACUGGUCAUUUAUUCCUCCUGACGCCCCUGAAUUCGGCGGAUUAUGGGAAGCUGCGGUGAAAAGUACGAAGUUUCAUCUUAAGCGUAUCUUGAAACAGACUCCGUUAACCUUUGAAGAAUUCUCUACUUUGCUUUCACAAGUGGAAGCCAUACUGAAUUCUCGCCCCUUGUUUGCUCUUUCCGAAGAUCCUACAGAUAUCGAAGUAAUAACUCCUUCUCAUUACCUAAUUGGCCGUCCUCUCACGGCAAUCCCUGAACCGUCUUAUGAAGGAAUGAACCCUAACCGUUUAUCUCGAUGGCAGCUCCUUCAGCAAAUGCGAGAGCAUUUCUGGAAAGCCUGGACCCGCGACUACUUGUCAAGUCUUCAACCAAGAAACAAAAAUUGUAUUCGAAUGCCCAAUGUUCAGCCAGACAUGAUAGUCUUAGUAGAAGAUAAAAAUUUACCCCCGCAAAGUUGGAAACUAGGGCGAAUCAUAAAAGUGUAUCCUGGAGAGGAUAAUAUAGUUCGCGCCGUUGACGUAAGGGUUGGGAACAUAAUUUUUCGCCGCCCAAUAACUAAGUUAUCUCUUUUACCUAUAGAAAACAAUCUUACUAAUUAUUCCAAAUAAGUUUCUCAACACAGAUUAUAAUACACAUCUAAUACCGCCCGGGGAGUAUGUUCGCAACAGCGAAGCGUUAACCUUCCAUUCGCAGCAAGCGA